AUGUCUAAUUCUUUAUGCGUUGUUUUCCUUUUAUUCACCUCGAUUCACACCAAUCGCUUUCUGUUGCUGCCCUCUUCGGUUUCAUGAUAGUAAGGGCGACUAUUUCCGAGCCGUCUCCUCUCGGAGGCGAAUCGCCGUGAGCGAACCCGGAGUUCCAAGUUGGACCACCGGUGCGGGAUAUCACGUUCGAAGAGGAGGAAAGUGAGAGGUGGUGGGCAAGAUCAAGAUUGGCGUCCGCGUCAAGUGAACGUCUGAUUCAUUUGUGGGAAAUAAAGCGGUAAAAAUCGUUCGUUCUUUGAGAUACAUACGAGAUAUCACGUCCAAGAAGAAGAAAUCGAAAGAUAGCGAACAAGAACCGGGAGAGCGAACAUGAUGGCGGGCAAGAUCAAGAUUGGCGUCUGCGUCAUGGAAAAGAAGGUGUCCUCUGCUCCUAUGGGCCAAAUCCUGGAGAGGCUGCAGGCAUUUGGAGAAUUUGAGAUUAUAAUCUUUGGGGACAAGGUUAUUCUUGAAGAUCCGGUAGAGAGCUGGCCAAUUUGUGAUUGCUUGAUUGCAUUUUAUUCAUCUGGUUAUCCACUUCAAAAAGCUGAGAUGUAUGCGGUUUUGCGGAAGCCAUUUUUAGUCAAUGAGUUGGAGCCGCAGCAUCUUCUUCAUGACAGGAGGAAGGUUUAUGAGCGUCUUGAAAUGUUUGGAGUCCCAAUUCCAAGUUAUGCUCUGGUGAAUAGAGAAUAUCCAUAUCAAGAGCUAGAUUAUUUCGUCGAGCAAGAAGAUUUUGUCGAGGUUCAUGGGAAGCGCUUUUGGAAGCCUUUUGUUGAGAAACCUAUUGAUGGGGAUGAUCACAGUAUAAUGAUAUACUAUCCUAGCUCUGCUGGUGGUGGAAUGAAAGAGUUAUUUCGGAAGGUUGGAAAUCGGUCAAGCGAAUUUCAUCCAGAGGUAAGGAGGGUGAGGCGUGAGGGCUCUUACAUCUAUGAGGAGUUCAUGCCUACUGGUGGAACAGACGUGAAGGUAUAUACUGUUGGUGCAGAAUAUGCACAUGCUGAGGCGCGAAAAUCUCCUGUUGUUGAUGGUGUUGUCAUGAGGAAUCCUGACGGAAAAGAAGUUAGGUAUCCGGUUCUAUUAACUCCAGGAGAGAAGCAAAUGUCAAGGGAUGUUUGUCUUGCUUUUCGCCAAUUGGUUUGUGGCUUUGAUCUCUUAAGGUGCGAAGGAAGGUCUUAUGUAUGUGAUGUAAAUGGAUGGAGUUUUGUGAAGAACUCUUACAAGUAUUAUGAUGAUGCUGCAUGCGUUUUAAGGAAAAUGUUUCUUGAUGCCAAAGCUCCCCAUCUUUCAACUACAAUUCCUCCUAACCUUCCAUGGAAAGUUAACGAAUUGACCCAAUCUUCUGAGGGACUAACACACCAAGGAAGUGGACUUAUUGGAACAUUUGGGCAGUCAGAGGAGCUUCGUUGUGUUAUAGCUGUUAUCCGUCAUGGUGAUCGGACUCCAAAGCAGAAGGUAAAAUUAAAGGUGACAGAAGAGAAGCUACUAAAUUUAAUGUUGAAGUACAAUGGUGGAAGGGCAAGAGCUGAGACAAAGCUCAAAAGUGCUGUACAACUGCAAGAUCUGUUGGAUGCUACACGACUCCUUGUUCCACCCACAAGGUCUGGCCGUGAAAGUGAUAGUGAAACUGAAGACACUGAACAUUCUGAAAAACUUCGUCAAGUGAAAGCAGUACUUGAGGAGGGUGGCCAUUUUUCAGGUAUUUACCGGAAAGUGCAACUAAAGCCAUCAAAAUGGGUUAAACUUUCAAAAUCUGAUGGUGUUGGUGAAGAUGAACAUCCUGUUGAAGCUCUCAUGGUUCUCAAGUAUGGUGGUGUUCUUACACAUGCUGGAAGAAAGCAGGCAGAAGAGCUAGGAAGGUACUUCCGGAACAAUAUAUAUCCAGGUGAAGGCACUGGCUUACUUCGCCUGCAUAGCACUUACCGGCAUGAUCUAAAGAUAUACAGUUCAGAUGAGGGCCGUGUUCAGAUGUCAGCAGCUGCAUUUGCAAAAGGCCUUCUUGAUCUGGAGGGGCAGCUAACACCAAUUUUGGUUUCGCUUGUUAGUAAAGACUCUUCCAUGUUGGAUGGACUAGAAGAUGCUAGUGUUGAGAUGGACGAAGCUAAGGCCCGAUUACAUGAAAUUAUAACUUCUGAAGGGAAAGCUAUAGACAAAAAUGGUGGUUCAGAAUUUCCAUGGAUGUUUGAUGGUGCUGGUCUGCCUGAUAAGGCUUCUCAACUUCUUCGGCCUUUGGUUAACUUGACAAAGAAGAUAACCACACAAGUGAAGCUACUAGCUGAGGAUGAAGAUGAGAAGCUUGUGACAAGUUCAUACACUGUGCUCCCUCACUAUGACCAAGCAAAGGCCCUUGGUAAAACAACAAUUGAUGUAACUCGAAUAGCUGCUGGAUUUCCUUGUGGUAGUGAAAGCUUCCUCUUGAUGUUUGCACGUUGGAAGAAGCUUGAGAGAGACUUAUAUAAUGAAAGAAAAAACCGGUAUGAUGUCACACAAAUUCCGGAUGUCUAUGACUCUUGCAAAUAUGAUCUCCUUCAUAAUGCACAUCUUAAUCUUGAAGGUUUGGCUGAGCUCUUCAAAGUCGCUCAGUUGCUUGCAGAUGGUGUUAUCCCUAAUGAGUAUGGGAUAAAUCCAAGUCAAAAAUUGAAAAUUGGCUCAAAGAUUGCUCGUCGUUUGUUGGGUAAAAUCUUAAUUGAUCUGCGUAAUACUCGAGAAGAAGCAAUUAGUGUUGCGGAACUAAAAGGCAGUCAGGAGCCACCAACAUCAACGUUUGCCAAGACAAGGAAGGAGGAGACAGAAUACCAAGUUAGGUCUCUGAACAAGAAUGAAGAUCCAAGAAGAUCAAGCACAACAAGUGAAAAGUCACUAGACCAAGAUGAUGAUGAUGAUAGAGAGACCAAAUAUCGCUUAGAUCCAAAGUAUGCCAAUGUGAAAACACCUGAACGACAUGUUCGUACAAGACUUUAUUUCACAUCGGAAUCUCAUAUACAUUCUCUAAUGAAUGUACUUCGCUAUUGCAAUCUGGAUGAGACCCUUCAAGGAGAGGAUAGCCUUGUUUGCACUAGCGCGCUAGAGCGUGUAUUCAAAACUAAGGAACUUGACUACAUGAGUUACAUAGUCCUGAGAAUGUUUGAGAAUACUGAGGUGGCAUUAGAAGAUCCAAAACGGUUUCGGAUGGAGAUGACAUUCAGUCGAGGUGCAGAUCUAAGUCCUCUAGAGAGUCAUGAUGGGGAUGCCGCGUUGCUUCAUCAAGAGCACACUCUCCCCAUAAUGGGACCUGAGAGGCUGCAGGAAGCAGGGUCCUACUUGACACUCGACCAGUUUGAGAAAAUGAUCCACCCAUUUGCAAUGCCCGCAGAGGACUUCCCACCCCCCGCAACUCCCCAGGCCUUUUCAGGUUAUUUCUCCAAGAGUGCAGGAGUCUUUGAACGCUUGGUUAAUCUGUGGCCUUUCCAUAAGGGCGCCAACAAUAAUGUAAAACAAUAAUCCUUCCAUAUAUUGUAGGGCAUCAACAUAGCAUUAUUUCUAUUUUUUUUUUUAAUAUGCCUUCCCAACGGAUCUGGAAAGGAAGCUUUUAAGUUUUCAUCAGCGUAUUUUUUUUGUCUCUCGGUAGUAGAUGUAAACUGUUUGUACCCAGCUGUGUAGAUGUGUACUGUUUAUACGAUUAUUUUUCUUAAUUGUAGAUGUGUACUGUUUGUCCCAA